AUUCUUAUAUGGUAGGCUAUGUUUUAUACCAUUGUAUUCAUCAUCUUCCUCAAAAUAAAAAUCGUCAAAAAUUUGGUUGGAUUAAAACGUUUUUUGAAUAUUCGUCGACGAAGGAGAACAUAUUUGUCAUUGUGGUGCUUUGGUGAAAAAGAAAAUAGGUCUAAGUUCCUUGGAUAUACAUAACUUUUAUGUGGAAUGGUACUGAGAGGUAUAGGGUUUAAGAUCUUUCUCUGUUUGUUACGAAAGUUGGAGGGUACGAAACAUGGUUAAAAAGUUGGGAUUCAUGCAUGCACGUUCAUCUUGGAAAGUGAUCAAAUUACUAGUAGGAACUAAUUAAUAGCAAAGUACCUUUUUGUGAUGGUUUAGGUGAUAGAAGCUUGACAAACAUGAGGUUCUCAUUGUUAGGAAAGUAAUGAACACAUUAGAAAUAGUGGUCUUUCUCAUCUGAUAAGCCACAUGUGGAUUAUCGAAACCAAAAGAAGGCGAAGAGACAUUUGAAUCUCGUUAACAAUCAAAUGCGUAAGAUGAAGAUAACAAACCAUGAUGGUUCGCAGCGUCAGAAGCAGGGGCGGACCCAUUAGUGUCUAAGACAUGAUCUACUAUUUAAAAAAAAAUUAAAAAUAAACAUAUUUACCGCUAAUUAUAAUCAUUAGUGUGUAUUAAUUAUAGUAAAAAUAAUAGGUAAAUGAAAUAUAUAUGCACUUUUUAGAAUAUGUUUUACAAUAAUUAAAUUUUAAAUAUAUUUUUAAUGUUUAACAUAAGAAGUGCGUCUAGAAAAUGAUAUAUUGAAUCGUUCAAAAAAAAAUGAUAUGUUGAAUUUUUUUGGUCAUUUGCCAACUUUUUUAAUUUGCCUACCGUUGAGGAAAAGGAAAAUCCGAACUAUUAACGCAUGCACCGAGAGUCAAAUGAGAAAAUGACUCUUGUCGUUUUAGUAUUCAUCAUAUCCAAUCAUAAUUUCACUCGGCGAAAUUUAAUUUGUCACCCAAUACAAAAUCAAACUUUCUACCUCAACAAAUAUAUCUAGUAUUAUUUUCUGUAAAUAGAUAUAUAUUUUUAUUUCAUGGUGCAUUGUAGAUUAUCUGCAUAUAUUUUAUUGAUCCUUUACAGGCGCAUAUAAGAAAUUUGUUUUUAAUACACAUAUAAAUACUUUCCUAGGUUGUAAGAUUUUUUUUUAAUAAUUCAUGCAUGCGUUUAUAUUAUGAACAAACCACAUGAUAUCAUACUUGCCUGUCUAGGAGGUGGCACAUGAGAAUUAUUCAAUGAUACUAAAUGUUUUGGUGAAAAAUGUUCAAAAGCAAUUAUGGGACUUAAAAAGAAAUGCUUUAUGCUUCAUUCCCCCCCUCCCCAAAUGAGGUACACCAUUUGCAACAGUCAGUUUAAACAACAGAUGAAAGGGAAGCUAUAUGUGAUACAAGAGAGAUAGAAACACAUGUGAAAAAACUAAUGCGAAGCAACCUUCUUUUUGUUUUAUUUGUUUUCAAUUACGUCAGAAAAUCAUGGAACAUACGAGACAAUAAUUGUCUCCAUAUGCAAAUUUUUUCAUAUACUAGUUUUCUACAAAUGCAUUUUUCUACAUAUGGGUUUUUACAUAUGCAUUGAACAUUACCACUAAAGGCCACUAUCUCCAAUUUUAUAUUAUAUACACAAUCGAGAUUUUUUGUUCACCAGCACUAUUCCUAUCAUUUUGAUGUUUAAUUGAAAUCCAUUAAUAAAGAAAAUUGGAGAAAAGCCAUAUCUAAGGAUGUACACAUCGUGGAUAUGGAAACUUUUGUUUUGGCCAUUUGUACACACAUUAUAGUAGAUGAAUUAGUGAGCCUACAUACAUAUUAGUAACUUACACAAAUGUGGAUACGUAGAUGAAUUAGUGAGCCUACAUACGUUUUGUAGAAUACAAACGUGAAUCAUGUUCAUCAAAACACAUGUACCUUAAAUGAUAUAAACAGUAGAUCUAUCAACUGUACAUAUAUGGUUACAUACCUGUGAUGGGUCGUUAGCUCUAAAGUUGAUUAGUCGGUCUCGGUCUAAAUAUACACCUGAUCAUGAAAUAUAUAUAUCAUUUGUGUGAAAUAAUUUAAACAUUUAUUCAAACAUGCAAGUGUCCAUCAAAGUAGUACGAUACGAAUAAUUAUGAAGGGUUCUUUUGGCACUUUACUAAAUGUAAUAAUGAAAACAACAUUGGCAAGUCAACUCAUGGUAGUAAAUUUUUUGGUUAAUGCCAUUCAACAAAAUGGGCUUUUGUUUUGUUGUCACUUUAUAGCCAGACAGUUCCAUAUAGUUCACUGGUCCGAUCGAUGCAGUCAUCGCUUGUUACAUGUUUUCCUCCUUUUAUCCGUGUAAUACCACCACCUUUUCAUAACUUUUUCCUUUUCCUCUUGUUUUUUUGAAAUUCAUGAUGAAUACCAAAUAGUUGAUAUGCAUAAUUGUGCAAUUUUGACUGAAUGAUCAAAUCAAGCCCAAACUUUAGUUAAUGGUCUAUUUUUCUGUCAACCCUAGCACAAAGCUUCAGAAAAAAAAACUCAACACAAGUGUUUUUUUAACACAAAACUCGGCACAAGUUGUAUUUCGAGUUUUCCGUAAGAAGUAUAAAAAGUUAAACCGAAUCAAAGUUUAAUUGUUUGAACUGGCUAUCUGCGUGAAUACUCUACAAAUAACGGAUGAAUUACAUACCAUAGUUAAUAUUCUUCGGGAACGCCUUGUUUGUUACAUAUCUAAAUCGCAUGCUUAAUUUUGUAGAAUAAAAAUAUGAAGUAAGUUAUCCGGAGGAAAAAAUAUUAAAGAGGAAGUUUAGGGAACGGAAUGAAGAUCCGAAGAUAUACAUCGAGAGUGAGGGAGGGUUUACCAUAUCAAAAUUAUAUAUAUAAAUAAAUCAAGAACGGCCACAUAAGUUUCAUUUUCUAUAUUUUGGGCAUGCUGAAGUCAUCAUCAUGUAAUUAUUUAACAUGAUUACCAAAACAAAAAAAAACAUUUUGAUGUAAUUUCCUCAAAACGAAGCGCGAAUAAAAUCAUUGAAAAUCUUUUUUUUUCAAACACGCACAAUGAAUAUGCAUGCAUGUCAAUCAUGUUGACUUCUCUCACACCCAUAGCUUUUGGGACAAAGUGAAUUAAAAUCAAUGUUUAAUAAUAAUAAUAAUAAUAAUAAUAAUAAUAAUAAUUGAUAAGAUGAGUCCAAAUCCAGGUCUCUUAUUAAAAGGCCACAAAUUCAACCACUCCUCAAUAAUCUCUAAAGGUUCAUCUAAAAAAAGCAAGUAAGAAAACACUUCUCUCUCUUUUUUGUUCUGAUCUUCAAUACACCAACGAGCGAAUGGGAAGGGCUCCAUGUUGCGACAAGACAAAGGUGAAGAGAGGGCCUUGGUCUCCCGAGGAAGACUCUAAACUUAGAGGUUACAUUGAGAAGUAUGGUAAUGGUGGAAACUGGAUCUCUUUUCCUCUCAAAGCCGGUUUGAGGAGAUGUGGGAAGAGUUGUAGAUUGAGGUGGUUAAACUAUUUGAGACCAAACAUAAAACAUGGUGACUUCUCUGAGGAAGAAGACAGGAUCAUUUUCAGCCUCUUUGCUGCCAUCGGAAGCAGAUGGUCAAUAAUAGCAGCUCAUCUACCCGGAAGAACAGACAACGACAUCAAAAACUAUUGGAACACAAAGCUAAGGAAGAAACUCAUGUCUUCUUCGUCUUUCUCUCACUCAUCAUCAGCCAUGACUUCGCCUUUUCUAAACCCUAAUUCUCAGGAUGUGAAAAGACCAUCAACCACAAUUUCACCUUCUUCCUACAAUCCGUAUUUUGAAAACCCAACAAAAGCUCUCAUCUCAAACAUCGAUGGCUUUGAAGCUGAUAACCACCAGAUCUUUCCCUUUGUUAACCCUAAUUAUCCUCAAGAUAUCUCUCUAUCAGAGAGCAGCAACAACAACAUUUCGGGCACAAGUGGUUUCUCGCUCAACCACAAUAUGUGUGGUCACUACAGCAACCACAACCAUUUCUCCUCAGACGUUAGUGGAAAUAGAUCAGAGAUUAUAAUGAAGCAAGAAGAGAUCAUGAUGUUGAUGAUGAUAGACAACCACAUUGACCAGAGGACAAAAGGGUACAACGGGGAUUUCACACAGGGGUAUUACAGUAACUUCAUUAAUGGACAUGGGGAUUUGAAGCAAAUGAUUAGUGGAACAGGCACUAAUUCUAACAUAAACAUGGGUGGUUCAGGUUCAGAAUCAGCUUCAUCUUCUAGUUCCAUAAGCAAUCUAGCUGAGAACAAAAGCAGUGGUAGCCUCCUACAACACAAGUGUUUGCCCUAUUUCUACUCCUAGUUCUUCUAGACUCUCUUGUCUUCUUAUAUAAAUAUAUCUUGGACUGACUGUUAGUAAAUUCAAAGAUUUGAUGGGGUAUGGGAGGAGAGAGAAUGAGAAUGUGUGUGUAAGAGAGAAAGACUAUGAUCAGCUUCUAUGGAAUUUUGUGUUUUCGUUUAUUAUUAUAUUUUCGAUCUUUGUAAGAGAUAUCUAGUUAAAAAGAGACAAUGGGCGAUUUGAUUUGAUGAAACCAAAAAGGAUGUAUUCAUGGUUGAAGCGUUGAACGAGCUCAUUUUUUGUUGUGAAAAGUAAAAGAUCAUAUCAGCUUUUAGUUAAAACAUCUAAGUAUAUGAUGUUAUACUCUUUAACAAAAAAAGAGGAAAGUAUAUGGCAUAGUUCAUUGUUAUUGUUUGUAAAAUUAGAUGAAGUAAUUAUUAUUUUAAGGCUGUAAAUGAGUGUGCAAUUCAAUAGAAUUGUUUAAUCAGUAUUUAAAAGAAUAAUUAAAUUAAUAUGAAUUUUAUAUUUUAAAUCAAAAUUAUAUAAUAAUAUUUAGAAUAUUUAGUUGUUUUGUAAAUAUAAAUAGUACUAGGUUGCAUAGUAGAGAGAGAGAAGAAAGUAUCGUGUAUAAAAGUCAUCACCUCUGGUCAGUCUCUAGGGGCUAAGAGAAAUUGAUUGAUGGAACACACAGAUUUUAUUCAUCUGUUCCGAAUGACAUAUAUACCCCUGCCAAAUGGUUUUAGACUGGUAUAUUUUCUUUCAAAAUUUUACAAAGGAAAACAAAAGUGUAGCGACAGAAAUAUUACACUUACGCGCCAGCCUAAUAGACGUUACCUAGUAGUGUUAUUUUCUGAAGGUGGUGAGGGUUUACAAAAUGGGAACAAGUGAUAUUUACUCUCACUAUUCAAUGCGAUCUCAUGGUCCGUUCGUUUCUGUUUUAACAUUAAGUUUCGUUUUCUUUUCAACCAGAAGAGUUUCUACAAUUCGUAAGACGAUUUUGAUUAAUCACAAGAAGAUGAGCAGCAAAAGAUUUACAGGAAAACGAUUAAAAUAUACAUUAUACACAAUCUAACCGGUUGUUUGGUAAAUAAAACAUUACAACCCACUUUUUCUUUUAAAUGGUUUAAAGCCGAUUCAUUUGAUUCGUAACCAGUCAUUCUAAGCGUCUAUUGGAACCGUAUAUGACUCAACUGUCCAUAUUAUUAGACGGCCCAUUAGAUAAUUACACUAUAUAUCUAUCUAUCUUUUUAUCUGGGCUAAUUACGGCUCUGUAGACUUUGAUGAAAUGAUGACAAACACCAAGUUCGUUGGUUGGAUUGGUUGAAUAAAAGCACUAAGGCAAUAAUUGGGAUCAAUAAGGCCCAUUAUAUUGGUUUUGGAGAAUCGAUGAAGUCCACUCUAUGAAAUUGAAUAACUAAUGUAAGCAAUUGAAACUGAAAAAAAUGAAAAAAUGAUGUCGUUAAAAAAGAAAAAAAAAAGAAGAAAAUUUU